GCUUCGUCUCUACCAUCACCAUGACCGACGGCAACAAGGACAACGGCGAAGGCGUGCAGCCGUCAAGACUACCGCAAGCGUCGAGCUCAAAUGCGGAAUCUUCCAGUUCUCCGAUAGCACCACCGCCACCGUAUAGCAGAGACGUUCAACAUGGAGCGGAGAACACAAGCGAGAACCGUCCUUUGUAUUCCGCCAAUCCGAAUUCUGUACCCAUUCCUCAUCCAUCCACCUUAACCCAUGUGUCGCGACCGUCUUCAAGGAGAUCUCUUCGGGCCAUAAUUUUCUUCAUACUUUGCGUCUUCGCGCUCACUCUUCACCUCCACAUCCGAUCUGCCAAGGAGGAAAAGCAUCAGCUGAUACUCGAUGGUCUCGCUUGGGCUGACCUAACCCCAUCGAAAAGAUGUCUCCGAUAUAGCACCCGGGAGUAUUCUGCUCAGCUGAUGGGCGUGCCCAGAGGCGAAGAUGGCUUGCGGUUGUGCAAAGAGAAGGAGAUUAUCAUUCACGGCGUUGACAUCAAGCAGCCAGGGUAUUGUACUGUCGACGUCGAUAAUUCGGCGCCCACGAAGCCUCGGAUUUACGGUCAUUGGACGGUUGAUUCGAACGAACCGAGUUGCAAAACGCUGUGGGAGAACUUCCAGGAUAAGGGAUGCGUGGCGACUGGCUCGAAGACUCGCCGUAUUGAGGCCCACAUGGGUAAUCACCAACCACCAUGGGAUAAUUGGCGAGAAAUGUGUUCUACCACUCCCGCGGACUACGACGGCCAUCACUUCGACCAGCCGGAUAGUUGUGACCACAGGGGCAUUUUCAGUGGGGUCUGGGGCAUUUGGUUUGCUAGAGACGAAAGUUGCUGAUUCAACGUAUUCUCCUGACUUUGAUUUUCCUGAUUGUCUACUUAUCCUUUCUGUAUAUCUCACACUGAAAUCAUUCCGAGGACAUUCGGUGAAUACAGU